AUCAAAACGAAGGAGAAAAUAAAAAGAAAAAUAAAAUAAAAUAAAAUUUCAUCGAAGUAGACAGCCACAAUCAAGCUAAACAGCCUUUCUUCGCAAGAUCUUUACAAUUAUCCUCAUAUUGGUAUUCAAUUCAGUGCUCCGACUCAUCUUUCGAGUUUUUGAUCCGUAACGAUCUUCGGCUUUGUAAGCUGCUACUUCUUCUUCGUGGCGAAUUUUUUUUUUUCCCCUCCUUUGCUGUCGUUCCAGUGGAGGAUAGUGAUUCUAGUUUGUUGAAGUAAUCAAGGGGGAGCCGGAGAGCUUGGGUUAUAGUUUCGGAUGUUUAAGACGUGCAUGGAAGUUUCAUAAAAUGGAUAGAAUUAGUGGAAACCGGGGCGAAGGUGAGUCUUCGUCCGAAGUUAGUAUUAUCCCCUCCGGCUUGAAUCGGAUUAAGACUCGGCGAGUUUCUUCCAACGAUCAAACGAGUUCGAAACUAGACGAGUCGACCGAGUCUCCGAGUUUUGGGGUCGCAUGGUCUACCCUGAAGCAAAAGCAAAAGACUAUGGCUCAAGGACGUGGAAAGGCCAAUGGUUCUUCCAAAAAAGGACACCACAAGGGAAAGAAGAUAACCCGAUGGUUCAAGUCAUACCUUGGCAAGGAUUCAACUCAACCUUUCAGUAAUGAUCCUCCAAACAUUGAGGGUUGGAACUCAAAAAUCAAGACACUUGACGAGAAUGGUGCUAUACAAUCUAAAGUAAGCAAUGAGCGAAGUCAUUUAGAUAGAAAGUAUUCUUCACGGGAGAGUGCAAGGUAUGGUAAAGUGUCAAAAGGGUUAAAAAGUUUUUCACAUGAACUAGGACCAAAAGGCGGCAUUCAACCCGCCCAGCCUCGGGCUCACAGCUUCAGCAAUUUGGAGGAACUUUUGGGUUCUUUGCAUUCAAGAUUUGAUGCUGCCAAAGAAGUGGUGAAUGUGGAGCUGGCUAGUUUUUCAGGGGAUGUCCUGGAUGUUUUUGAUAAGAUUGACUCAUCCCCAGAGGGAGAAACAAUGGCAGAGGAUCUUCUGCUUCUUGCUAGGAAGUGUAUGGAAAUGAACCCUUGUGAGUUUCGUGUCGAGUGUGAAACAAUUGUCCAAGAAUUGACUGAGAAAAGACAUCAGUGUCAAACAGGAAUGCUAAAGUGGCUGGUAACACGCAUGCUCUUCAUAUUAACACGGUGCACUAGACUGUUGCAGUUCCAAAAAGAUAGGGAACCAAUAGAUGAGAAAUCUCUUCGUAAACUAAAGAAAUGUUUGGAAAGUAUUCCUGCUGUUGAAACAAGCUGGGUGCCCAAUCCCCAGAUUGCUGACUGUGGUUCACAUUACGCUUUGAAUCAGAAGGAUGUUGUCAAACAUGAAUUGCAUCGAGAAUGUAAGCUAUGUUCUGUCCCCGAGGCAAGUUGUUGCAAUUCUUUAGAGCCAGAUGAUGAGAGUGACUCAACUUCCAAGAAGGAUGUGGUGGUUUUGCAACAAAAAUUGGCUGUUCAAACUGCCAAAACUGAUUUCCUUUCACCAGUGCAACAAUUUCAUCAAAUUGACAGUAGUUUUGGAAAAUUUACAAAUAAUUCCAGUUCUGGUUCAUUUCAUGAGCAAGAAGAAAGCACAGAUGGAUCAGAGGCAGUACUCUGUCGGAUCUGUGAGGAAAUCGUUCCUACUUCUCAUCUGGAGUCACAUUCUUAUAUAUGUGCAUAUGCUGAUAAGUGUGACUUAAUUUAUCUAGAUGUAGAUGAGCGCCUUAUUAAACUUGCAGAGAUAUUGGAACAGAUCAUUGAGUCACGCAAUAAGAGUUUUCAUUCAUCUGACGGCAGCCCUGAAAAUUCAAGAACAAAAACUACAAGCUUGGCAAUUGCAUCUGAAGCAUAUUCUCCCAAGAUAUGCGAGUGGCGGAAUAAAGGUGUUGAAGGAAUGUUUGAGGAUAUACAUGAGAUGGACACAGCCUACAUGGAUGAUUCUCAUUCUGCUUCUAUGAACCUUAAGGGCCUUUUGGGUUUAAAGCUUGGCAACCAUGGAACUUCCUCCUCAACUGGGAGCAUGACAUCGGUGUCAUCCACAAAUACACCUAGAGCUUGUCAUUUUGACUCCUGGUGGUUGGAGCACAAUAAUCCUUCUGCGCUGGAGGAUGUGAAACAGAUGAUUGACCUAGCGGGCAUCGCCCGUUGUGUGGCAGGAACAGAUCUUUCAAAAGAAGGGUCCUAUGAAUUUUUGCUUGCCUGCACGCAUGACUUACAGGAUGUUUUAUGCAAUAGCAAGCUGAAAGCUCUUGUAAUAGACACCUUUGGAGGCCGUAUAGAGAAGCUUCUGUGGGAGAAAUAUAUAAUUGCUUGUGAACUAAUAGAUAUGAGAAGUCCAAAGAGUGAUAUCAAGAAUAAGGAAAGCUCUAGACAGUUGUUUGAUAAUGCAUCCCAAAGUACUGUUGAGACAACUGCUUUACAUUUCAUGCACAAAGAGCGGACAAGCAUUGAUGACUUUGAGAUUAUCAAACCAAUUAGCAGGGGUGCUUUUGGUAAAGUCUUUCUUGCACGCAAGCGGACAACUGGAGAUUUUUUCGCAAUAAAGGUGCUGAAGAAAUUGGAUAUGAUACGAAAAAAUGAUAUUGAGCGUAUAUUGGCAGAGCGUAAUAUACUAAUAACUGUUCGGAACCCUUUUGUGGUUCGAUUUUUUUAUUCUUUCACCUGUAGAGAUAAUCUCUACUUGGUUAUGGAAUAUCUGAAUGGAGGUGAUCUGUACUCUCUGCUCAGAAAUGUCGGUUGCCUUGAGGAAGAUGUAGCUCGUAUAUAUGUUGCAGAACUGGUUCUUGCUUUGGAGUACCUCCAUUCUCUUGGAAUUGUGCAUCGUGAUUUGAAACCUGACAACAUACUGAUUGCUCAUGAUGGACACAUUAAGCUUACAGACUUUGGACUAUCAAAGAUAGGCCUCAUAAAUAGCACAAUGGAGUUAUCAGGACCUCAGACAAUUGGAACUGCUUCACCUGAUGUCCAUAACCCACAUGCUCAACAAACAGAGGAGAGAAGUCGGCACUCGGCUGUUGGGACGCCUGACUACUUGGCGCCAGAAAUCCUUCUUGGAACUGAGCAUGGUUAUGCUGCUGAUUGGUGGUCAGUAGGAAUCAUCUUAUUUGAAUUGAUAACUGGAAUUCCCCCUUUCACUGCUGAACAUCCAGAGAAAAUAUUUGACAACAUUCUUAACAGAAAAGUCCCCUGGCCUUCAGUUCCCAGUGAUAUGACCUAUGAGGCCCAGGACUUAAUUAAUCGGUUUCUUAUACAUAAUCCAGCACAGCGCUUAGGAGCAAAUGGAUCAGUAGAAGUUGUAAAAGCACAUCCUUUUUUCAGAGGAGUUAACUGGGACAACCUAGCAUUGCAGAAGGCUGCCUUUGUUCCACAGCCUGACAGUGCAGAUGACACGAGCUAUUUUAUAUCCCGGUUUCGUCAAAGUUCCCCUGGAUUGCCAGAUGAUCACAACUGUAGCAACUCUGAUUCUGACACUCAGGAAUCAGACUCAAAUUCUUUAGCUGAGAUGGAUGAAUGCGGUGACCUAGCAGAGUUUGAGGAUUAUCCAAUAAGUCUCUCUUCGAUAAAUUUCUCUUUCAAGAAUUUGUCGCAGUUGGCAUCUAUUAACCAUGACGUGCUCUUACAAACUGGGAAGGAUCCAACAAAGUUUUCACCAUCCAGAGGUCCAGGUUCAUAGUUCAUGGUUUGGUCUUAAACCGAAUUAUUUGUACAGCUAGCCCUGUAUAUAAUAUUUUUUAGGAUAGGAAGAUAAAUGUAUAAACAAAAAAGAAAAAGAAAAAGAAAGUCAAAGAGGUUAAAGGGAAAGGGAAAGCAUCAGCAACAACAUUACCAUAUACUGAAAAUGAGAGCAUGUUAUUGUUUUAGUAUUACCUAACUCAUGGGACUUUUCUGUGACCGUUGCUCAUAGAAUAAGAUCUUCCAGUGACCUAAUCGAGGACAGUCGUCGAUUCGGUUGUUGGCCCUCUUGCCUCCUUGAAACCAAGAGAGUAAGCGCUAUCGGAUUAUUGCGUGGAAAAGUGUGAUUCCUGUCUGUAUUCCUAUCAGUGCAUAUAUAUGCAGUUCGAUUCAGGUAUUUUCAGAGCCGUCAUCAUUCACCAAACUCAUAUCAACUAGAGCACAUUUAAAUGCUCCUCCAAUCUGCAGGAUCAAUCUGCUUGAGAAAUAUACUUGAGAGAAAAGUCGAAUGAUCACAUUUGCAUGAUCAAAAGAUUGACGUUGAAUUAGGGAUGUAUUUGCCUUAUUUGGAUUGAAGAAUCUGAUCAUUUGCUUAAAUUAUGGAUGCUACACCAUCUUGCUGCUAUUCUCCACAAAAUGAUGAUGUACAGCCGUUGGCAUCACCGACAGGUACUUCAGGUCGUAGACCCCCAUCUAGUGCAGUUACCUCAUGUGCAAGUAGUCGAGUCCUACUAGAUCUAGAAGACGUUGAUAUGCUUAAUGAGAAUGAGGAGUUGAUGAAUGUUGAGACCGAUCCACCAUCACGACCUAGUAAAAAAAGGUCGUGGACAUGAGAACAUUUUACCAAAGUUUCCGGUGAUCAUGAGAACCCGCAGGCUCGAUGCCACUACCAUGGGCAACUGUGCAGUUGUCAUUCGAAAAAGCAAUGGUUAUGAGGAUGAAAUACAAAUAUAAUAAAUAUUGGGAGGAUGUGGAGAAGAUAAAUAAAUUAUUAUUUGUGGCUACGAUUCUUGACCCCGAUAUAAGUUGGCGAUUGUAGAAGAUUGGAUUAGGUAUGUCCUCAGUGAUGAGAACGCUGAUUAGUUUUUUAGAUCACUUAAAUUUGAUAUUGAUGAUUUAUAUAACAAUUACAAUAGCAGUUGUCAGUCUUCAACUGAAGGUGGUAGCUCCUCAUGCCUGACCAGCUCGACAUCUUUCUGUGAUGACACAUGUACAAAGUUCAAAUUUAUUGCGGACUAUGACAGUAUUAUCAAAACCGUGCAUUGAUGAAUAUUAUGCAAUGUAAGUUUGAGGUUGAGUGUUACUUUAUGGAA